UUAUUAGUUUUAAAACAAACUUUGAAUAGUAAACAACUUUUAAUCUCAAAACGAAUAAACAUUAAAAUUAAAAAAAAAAUAAUAAUAAUUAAUAUUAAAAAUAAAAAAAAAAAACAAUUAUGAGAAUUUUACAAUUAUUACUAAUAUUGAUUGCAAUAUGUGCACUGACAACCCGAGCAUCUGUGAUACGUCGCGAUGUAGAAGAUUUCGACGAUGGUGAUGAUUCGAUUGAAAACGCUGAAAACGAUGACAAUUAUGGAGGCGAUGAAGACAAUGGUGAUCCCGAAAACUUACCAAUAGCUUCAAUUAAAUCACGAGCUAUAGCCAUGGAUAGGGAAUUGUGUCGUGAAAUAUCCCGCUAUCAUCCCCAUCAUCCACGUUGUCAAUUUUAUUGUGAAAAAUUAAAUCACUGGAUGGGAAUGUGUCGUCGUGAUAGUUGUCAUUGUUAUUCUUAAAUUAAAUUUUAAGAAAACAAAAAAAUAUAAAAUGCACAAAUA